AUUAUGUUUCGAAAACCCUAGAGAGAGAGGGAGAGGGUUUGGGAGAGAUGGGGAGGAGGAUACUGAAUGAUGCGUUGAGGAGUAUGGUGAAUGCUGAGAGGAGAGGGAAAGCUACGGUGGAUCUCAAGCCAAUCUCCACUCUCAUGUCUUCCUUUCUCCGCAUCAUGAAACACCAUGGUUAUAUCAGGGACUUUCAAGUCUAUGAUCCGCAUAGAGUGGGGAGGAUCACGGUUGAACUGCAAGGUAGGAUUAAUGAUUGCAAGGCCCUUACUUUCCGAAAAGACCUCAAGGCAAGGGAUAUUGAAGCCUACAGAUUAAAGACUCUUCCAACGCAUCAGUGGGGUUAUGUUGUGAUUACAACUCCUGAUGGUAUUUUGGAUCAUGAAGAGGCGAUUAAAAAGAAUGUAGGUGGCCAGGUUCUUGGUUUCUUUCACUAGAAUGAUCAUUUGUCUGCUAUUUUGACCAGGUAUUAUGUUCAUCUAUGUUUCCAGACAAACAUUCAAAGAAUGUUUUAUGUUUUAUGUUUUAUGUGAAGACAGAAUGCUUUUCUCCUGUAUGAAGGUUAUAACAUAGCAGCUCAUGCAUGAUGAGUAUGGUAGAUUAGAGUUGAUGCUUUGUGGAAUUAGUCCCGUUUUUGUUAACAUGAAUGGAUAUUGUGCUCCCGUACUUUGUACAUCAUAAUCUGUUUCUAAUUCGAAGUUGCA